UGCCUCCGUUACGCGCACAAGAACUUCUCUCAUCUGAACCUCUGCACAUCACAGAUUAAACAUGUUGUUCAUCUAGAGGAUUUUACUUUGGACACAACACACGAAUGGGUUUCUGUGAAGACACGCUCGACGUAUCUGAUGAAAGAUGUAAGCCACCAACAUGACCGUGCCUGAUCGGUGACCCUGAAGAUAAACUCACCCGUUUAAGGUCCAACCACUGUCCUCCACUCAUCUCACCUGCUUCAUUUUCACCCCAUCUCCAUCACAAGAAGUGCUACCAGGAUGAUAAACGAGGUUAUUUCCAGCCAUUACAAUCAGAUGGGAAAGCCAAGCAAUCGUACCACCACCAAAGAGCCUCUGAAGGAUCCCAAAACAGCUGUGAUUUUGGGAGUAUGCAGCCUCAUUGUUUUGGAGAACCUGAUCGUUUUGUUGGCAGUUUGGAAGAAUCAUAAAUUUCACAACCGAAUGUAUUUUUUCAUCGCUAACCUGGCUUUAUGCGACCUGUUGGCCGGCGUGAGCUACAUGGUCAACCUGAUGAUGUCAGGAGAGUUUACGUUUCAUCUGUCCACAACUGCGUGGUUUGUGCGUGAAGGGAGCACGUUUGUAGCCCUGAGCGCUUCCAUCUUCAGCCUCUUGGCGAUCGCUAUUGAGCGCCACCUCACCAUGAUUAAAAUGAGGCCUUAUGAUUCAAACAAAAAAUACAGGGUGUUUCUCUUAAUAGGGACUUGUUGGUUGAUAGCCAUCACACUGGGAGCUCUGCCCAUUUUGGGCUGGAACUGUCUGGAUAAACUUUCAGAGUGCUCAACCCUCUUUCCCCUCUACAGCAAAUACUACGUGGCCUUCUGCAUCACCAUUUUCCUUUCACUGCUGCUGGCCAUCUCCGUGCUGUACGCCAGGAUUUACAUCCUCGUCAAAACCACCAGCAGCAAAGUCACCAAGCACGGCGACUCGGAGCACUCCAUGGCUCUCCUUCGAACCGUGAUCAUCGUGGUGGGCGUCUUCAUCGCUUGCUGGACGCCCGUCUUCGUGCUUUUCCUUGUCGAUGUGGCCUGCCAAGGGGGAGCCAAGAGCUGUCCCAUCCUGCUGAAAGCAGAGUGGUUCAUAGUCCUGGCAGUGUUGAAUUCCGGCAUGAACCCGGUGAUAUACACGUUAGCAAGCAGGGAAAUGCGCCGUGCCUUUUACAGGCUGGUUUGUGGCUGUGUGGUGAAGGAGGACGGGUUGGGAAGCAAACAGAACACAGACCCCGGCAGAAGCAAGACGAGUUCGAACAGUCAGCAAGCGGCUGAACCCGACGGCCCUGAAACCAUCAAUGCAAAACCAACCGGCUGACUCUUAACAACAGCCAAUGUAAAAGAGUUAAAGACUCGGUCUGUGUGUUCAAUAAAGUGCACACAACUGCAUUAGUGAAUAGACUAUAGAGCUAUAGUAUGCACUUUUUAAAGUGCCCAUAAUAUAUUAGCGCAUGGAAAAGGAAGCUGUUUUAAUGUUGCCCUUCAUAUGUAAGAGUCUUUAAAAAGCAUGCACAUUGAAACAUGCUAACAAAACUCUGUCAGCAGUGGCACAAUGAACAGUUUCAAGGCGGUAUGCGAGACCCUUCCUUCAGAUGAUUUAUUUUUUUGACUUGGGAUGUAUUCACAGCAUGCAGCUACAUAAAAAUGACUCAGUUGAGUGCAUUUAUUUAAUUUUACAGAGCAUUUCACUUGCAUUUGCGAAUAAAAAAAAUGCAUGUGAAAAAGGAUUAUUUGAAAAACAAAUUGGAUUACAAAAAAAAAGAAUGCAUGAAGAUGCAUUUCUGAACCUAUGGACAGUACAGCUCUUGUUGCACGGCUCACAGCAAUGAAAGUACAUGCACACUUUGUUUUUUUUUACCCAUUAACUUAUAUAAUGUAACUAUAAAAACCACCAAACUGAUCCCAACCCACAAUCAAAUUAAAACCAGCGGAAACCCGCACAAUAUGUAAACAUUUUUACUUAACACUUAAAGUAAUUUACAAUAGUUUUACAUUAAUUUACUUUAUAUUUUACUACAGUGUUGGUAAUUGAAAAAAAAUGGAAAAGUGAUAAUGGUGGGGCGUUCUCAUUUGACUCGAUAGGUUUAAAAGUCCAUUAGCACAUUUAAUAAAGCCUAAAUGCAUGAGUAUUAUAUCUCAAACUGAUACAGCACUUCCAAUUCAGAAAUUCAAUUUCCAAAGUCAAACUGAAACUGGGAAUAAUUCAAUUCUCAACUAAAGUUAUGAGCAGACAAGAAGCUGGUAUCCAUUGAUACUGGCGCAUAACUAAACUAUACAGAUACAAAAAGAAAUGUGAGAAUUGGACAUAGUAUUUAAUUUAGUAUACUAGCAUGUGCUACUAUAUUUAAGUCUGUGUCAUAAACUGUAUAUAUUGUUAUAAUUAUGUAUAAUAUAUGUUCAAAAAUCAGAGAAUAUGUGUAUUUAAAUGAGAUCUGUCUGUAUGGAGUAAUUGUAGGCCUCUAUUUUAAGAUUAAAUGCAUAAACACCA